AAAUGCAAAAAAAAGAAAAAGAGCUCCUUAAGAGCAGAGGACAUGAGCAUUUCUCGUAAAGCAUAGUCGGAGAAACCCUAGGAAAAAAGGAUCAGAUUCCAGCGGCAUGCAACACCAUCAGAGUCCCUCCGAAGCCGACCGCCCCGCACCGACCUCGCCGGGGGGGGGGGCCCCAGCCGCUGCAGCGCAGACGAUUCAACCAUCAUCACCGCGACUCUUCUUCUCGUCCGCGGCAGCGGCGAACCCCACCGCUACCUCCCAUCGUCGGAUUGCGAUCGCUGUAGAUCUGAGCGACGAAAGCGCCCACGCUGUGAAGUGGGCUGUUCAGAACUACCUUCGUCCUGGUGAUGCCGUCAUCCUCCUUCAUGUUCGCUCAACUUCCGUUCUCUAUGGUGCUGACUGGGGAUCCAUAGACCUCUCCGUUUCGGAGACCGCUGCUGCCACUGAAGACGUUGAUUCCGAGCAGUCGCAGCAGAAACUUGAGGAAGAUUUUGACGCCUUCACUAUCACCAAGGCACAGCAUCUCGCCCAGCCGCUUGUUGAGUCUCAUAUCCCCUUCAAAAUCCACAUUGUAAAGGAUCAUGACAUGAAGGAGAGGCUCUGCCUCGAGGUAGAGAGGCUCGGGCUCAGUGCUGUUAUUAUGGGCAGCCGGGGAUUCGGGGCGUCUAAGAGGAGCGGUAAAGGGAGGCUUGGUAGUGCCAGCGAUAGGCUUGGUAGUGUCAGCGAUUAUUGUGUUCACCACUGUGUUUGCCCUGUGGUGGUAGUGCGGUACCCUGACGAAGCUGCAGGGGGGCUGACCGAGGAUGCGAUCGCUUCGAACGCUAGAACUGCUGCUGUUAUUAACAAGGACCCGGAGCUACACCCUGUGCCGGAGGAGGAGGAGUUUCAUGAUGCUUCGGAAGCACAUAAAGGUUUGUUUAUUCUUUUAUUUUUCUAGGGCACCUACUUUUGC